AUGAAUUCACGUCUUCUAGAGGUCCCGUCGGAAUUGGAAGUGAAGCAGGUAGUAUUUUCGAUGGCACCGAUGAAAGCCCCAGGACCUGAUGGUAUGACGCCACUUUUUUAUCAAAAAUAUUGGGAGGUACUUAAAGUUGAUAUUGUCCGUGCUGUUGCUGGUUUUUUUGAAAAUGGGAACUUGUUAUCCAAAUUUAAUCAUACUAAUAUUGUGUUAAUUCCUAAAAUUCCUACUCCUAUACUUGUUUCUCAUUUUUGGCCUAUUUCUUUGUGUAAUGUCUCUUAUCGAAUUAUUGCGAAGGUUAUGACUAAUCGAUUGAAAGGGAUUAUUGAAUCCAUUAUCAGUGAAUCCCAAAGUGCUUUUAUUGCAGGUCGUCAUAUCACGGAUAAUAUUCUUAUUACUCAUGAGAUAUUACAUUAUUUGAAGAAUAAAUGGAAGGGGCGCAAUGCUUUUUUGGCGCCGAAGUUGGAUAUGAGUAAAGCUUAUAAUCGGGUUGAAUGGGAUUUUCUUUUCCAAAUAUUACAUCAUUUGGGUCUGAAUUCCAUUUGGAUUAAGAUGAUUUCUGCCUGUGCUUCCACUAUUUCGUAUUCGUUGAAAAUUAAUAGGGCUUCUAUUGGCUUUUUUCAUCCUUCUCGGGGAUUGCGUCAGGGUGAUCCGCUUUCUCCGUAUCUGUUUAUUUUAUGUGCAGAGGCAUUCUCUUUGUCUCUUUUACGGGCUCAACAAGCAUGCUUGUUGUUUGGGGUGCAAAUUUGCAAGGGUGCUCCUUCCGUUUCUCAUCUGUUCUUUGCCGAUGAUUCUAGUAUUUUUUGUACAGCUAGUGAAUCUGAAGUCUGGUUUUUAAAACAUAUUUUGAUUGAUUAUGAACGAGCAUCAGGCCAGCAAGUUAAUUUUGCUAAAUCAUCAAUUUUUUUCUCUAAGAACACUUCUCCCGAUAAUCGUCGUUUAUUAAGUGCGUUAUUAGGUCUGCCGGAGGAAGGGUUGCAGGCUCAUUAUUUAGGUGUGCCAGCUAUUGUGGGUCGGUCUAAACGGGAUGUUUUUCACUUUUUGUUGGAUCAGCUGCAGGACCAUUUGUCUUCCUGGAAGGCACAAACAUUAUCUAGUGGCGGUAAGGAGUGGUGCAAUAAAGGCAAGUCACGUUCCAUACACUGGGUUCACUGGGAUUUGCUAUGUCGGAGUAAGAAAUUGGGGGGGCUUGGCUUUCGGGAUCUUGAGGCGUUCAAUUUAGCGCUUUUAACCAAGCAUGCUUGGAAUUUUCAGGUGCGUCCGCAUGGUUUAGCUUUUGAGCUUCUCAAAACCAAGUAUUUUCCUAAUUCUUCCAUUUUGGAUGCUCGGCUAGGGUAUAAUCCAUCUUGGGGUUGGCGUAGUAUUUGGUCUACUCAGCCCAUUUUGCGUCGUGGUUUGCAUUGGCUUCUGGGCAAUGGCAAAACAAUUCGUAUUUGGCAGGAUCAUUGGGUGCCUGAUUUUUCGGAUUUGCUUCCCCGACCCAUGGGUGCGGUGCCCUUUCGACUGGUGGAGGAUUUGUUUUGUCUAUACUCGGGGGCCUGGAAGGUGGAUUUGUUACGUCAGUUAUUUUCUCCAAUGAUUGUUCAAAAAAAUUUACAAUUGCAUAUUAGUCGUUGGAAUAUGCCGGAUACUCUGAUUUGCGCACCUGAGAGGCAUGGGGGUUUUUCUGUUCGCUCUGCUUAUAUUAUUGCGCGAUCCUUUUCCAAUCCGAUCACGGUUUCCUUGGAUAAUUUUUCCUGGAGAGUUUUUGAUGGUGUCUUAUGGGGUCCAGAGACGGUGGUGGCUAAAGCAGUUGCCAGUUUUUGGGAGUUUCAAGCAACUAGGUCCCAAUGUGUUCUCUUGACUGCUUUUAGUCCUUCUUCUUCUGCUGGGUCUUGGGUUCCGCCUGCCGACGGGAUGGUUAAAUGUAACAUUGAUGCUAGUUUUCUUCCACAAUCUUUCUGUGGUAAUGAAGGUGCUGUGUUUCGAGACUCUCAUGGAGUUAUUCUUUAUGUGGUGGUUUUUCGGCCUUUCAUUGCUUCUUCGGCAUUGAUGGCUGAAGCGAUUGCUUGCUUAGAGCGAUUUUUUAGGCUUCUUCAGUUGGAUUGCGAUGUUUAUGUUUUGAAUCUGACGCUAAGGUCUUUUGAUGUUGCUUCCCUGGUGCAUAUUCAUCGUUCGGGUAAUCGGCUGGCUCAUGCUAUUGCAAUGAUGUUUAGGCAUGCUUCCCCUAUUGAUUAUGAGCUGCUUCCCAUUCCGUCUCAGCUUUCUGAUUUAGCUCGUUUGGAGGCUUUGGAUCUGCUUUCCUAG